AUGAAAAGAAAGUUGAGAAGUACCUGGUACCUGGCUCUACACGUUAAAGUGUACUUACUUGCCACGUUCCGGGACCUUGGUGGAUCUCUUAGAGAGUUUUCCUUCCCCUCUAUUCUCCUUUUCCCUCUUUCCUCUUCCUUUCUCAUUCAUACACCCUUUGGUCAGUCAAUUCCUACGCCUGCGAUUCUGAUCUUCUCACUAACAAUCAGCAGUUUCUGA